UUCACCUUGAUUAAAACUGUUAGACAAACCUUGAAUCUGAAUUGACUGUUGAAUGAAAAAAUUGUUCAAAAAAGUUUGAGAUACAAUUGUAACUUGUUAUAUGGACUUGUUCGUUCUUUUAUUCUAGUUUCUAAGAGAUUAUGGAGUUUGAGGAUUUAGAUUCUUCCAUUAUUGACCACCAUGAGUGGGCAAAAGAUCUGAAAAGCCACCUUACCUCAUAUACAGAGAAAUAUCUACUACAAUGGACCAAAAUUGUUAUUGAAUUGGGAGUAGAUGAUAUUGAAAUGGAAAAAUGGGUGGAUAUUUUCAAGACUCAAAUUGAAGAAAGAUAUAGAGAUCUAGUUACAGAUGUUGUUGAUAUGAAGGAAAGAGUUUUAGAAGAGAUCACUGAAUUAUUGGCUAAAACGCAAAACUAUGCUAAUGAACUUGGUCUUAGAGAAAAUUUAACAGAUAUAAAUCCAAAUGAGAGGUAUUUCCGUGUUAAAAAGGAUUUGAUGAAUAGGUCGGAGAGAUUGGCUAAAAUUAUGGAAGAAAGGCAGAAAGAAGUCAUGAAGCUGAUUAAAAAACAAGAAGAUUUGUGCAAUAUAUUAGAGAAAUCUCCAUAUAAAUUAUCCAUAUCACCAAUACCAACAACAGAAGAACUUGAAAUUGUCCAGCGUUAUGUUGAAUCCCUGGAACAAGAAAAAUUCGAUAGAGAAGAACGCUAUCUCAUUUUGAAAGAAGCGAUAGGAAAAAUGGCCCAAGAAUUGAACCAUACACCAAAUACAGAUUUCGAAAGAGACAUUUUGUCUGAAACAAGGAAAGACUUCAUUAUCACAGAGACAAAUAUGAAACACCUACAAAACUGUCAUGAUGAUAUGGUUCGACAAUUGGCUAAUAUUAGGGAAGAAGUUGAUUGUCUCAGAAAUACUAUUGAUGAACUUUGGAACAUUCUUGAAGAAAGUAUGUCUACAAGACAACUUUUCCAUGAAAAAUAUAAUGAUUAUACUAUUACCACUUUAAAGGCUUUGAAAGUGGAAGUAAAGCGUUGUGAAGAACUAAAAAAGGCAAAUAUCAAGAUAUUUGUUGAAAAACUGAGAGUUGAACUUCGAGAACUUUGGGCAAAAUGUUUCCACAAAAAUGAAGAAAGUCAUGCUAAUUAUCAUUGGAUAAAUGGCGAUUUUUAUACAGAGGAUGUCUUAACCUACCAUGAGCUAGAAGUCCGAAAGUGGAGAAACUUUUUUUCCAAAAAUGAAAAAUUGAUAAAACUUCUGACAGAACAUCAGAAACAAUGGAGUCAUCUCCUUGAUAUGGAAAGUAAGGAUUUGGAAGGACCGAAUCGAUAUAAAAAUAGAGGUGGUCAAUUAUUAAAGGAAGAAAAAGAAAGGAAUAAAUUGUCAAAAAAGAUACCUCUUAUUGAAGAGAAAAUAAAAGAAGAAGCUUUAGCAUAUCUUGAUCACACAGGAACGCCAUUCCUAGUUAAUGGAACUCCAAUUUUGGAGUAUAUUGAAAGCUUACAUUCACAAAGAGAAGAGGAUCGUAAAUUGAAGCUAAGUGCUCGUAAACAGAUUAGAGAGCAAGAGACUCUUACACCAGCAAGAUCUUGUCUUAGCCUAUAUCCUUCUUCUUCUAAAGUGUGCCUUACUCCAAAACCUGCUUCCAUUAAAAGGAAAUUGCUUCAAGCAGACACCACUGGUAAAAAACCUAAGUUGGGAGCUUCAGCAAACUCUAAAGGAAAACCAGUUUUCAAUUCAAUAGCUUCUUCAAAACUGAACCAGUCAAGAAGAUUAUCACGUGAAAGAUCUAAGAGGUUGAAAAAUUGCCGCAAGAUAUUAGAAAUGAAAUCAAUCAAUAAUAAGGAAAACCUUGAUGACACAAAUUCAACCAAUUACAAUGUUUUUGAGAAGAACAUAUCAUGCCGAGAUGACAAUUGCAGAAGUACUCUUAUUCCUGACCAGAUUCUAAAGCCCAUUGUAAAUAUACCUGAAGUGAAGAUUAUACCAGGUACCCCAUGUAGAAUACCCAGUACACCUACACCCCAGAAACACAGAACACCAGAUGGAUCUAGACUCACCAGAACAAAAAGCAAUCUAAAACUAAUCUUUUAAAACUUUUUCUUUUAGAGCUUGAGAAGAUAUGUUGUUUGUCAGUUUUAUUAUUUUUUAAUAAGUUUUUAUAUAUACAUUUAUUUAAUAACAUAUUUUGUGAAAUUUACAUAUAUCGUUCUUAAAUGUCCAAUCUAUGAAGAUAUCAAUAAAUAAGUCAAUAUUUUUCA